GAAUCAAUUUCUGUCAGUCGCACAAAGCAGUAAGCCGACUUCUCUCUGUACUUCAAACGGAGCGAGGUAACUGGGCCAUUCCGCCAGACUUUUGCGUCCAAAUUUUCCCGCAUCAUUCUUUACUUACAAUUGUGGCCUAUGUAGUAGAAAUGAGCUGAAAGCAUUCUUGAUAUGGGAAAGAAGUACAGCAAACAAGCGUGGAUAUCAAGAGAGGGACCCGAAGGGGACUGCGUGGCGGAAAAUGACGCUACAAAUCUGACUUUGGAUUUCACUGAAGAACCGAAAGAAAAGGCUACAUGUACGGCCGACUUCACAUACAAGGGCUACCCUGUCAAUGUACUGCAAGAUGGACACUGUGGAUCAGAAAAAGAGUUCUGUAAAAAGUAUUCUUACUAUGACUAUCCCAUUGAAGUUGUUGAAUUACCUGAUGAACCAGAUGGUAAAAGAUUUGAGCUGUUUUUUGAGCGUGAAGGACAGGUUGAAGCUUCUACCCAAACCACGAGGCCAAUCACGGCGGUAAGUGAAUGUGGUCAGUCAAUUAAAUCAACAGGAUCAGACCGGCAGGAAUGGUCAUACACCCUUUAUGACUUUGAAGGCCAAGGCCAAGUCACUCGAGAUGACGUGAAGAACCUUGUGAAGUCAAUCUAUGAUGUCCUUGGCAAAAGCAUUUCUCAUCCCAAAGGAACACAAAAAGAUCCUGUUAAAAAACUCUGUGUGAAAUUGUCACUCUCAAAGGAAAGAGGCAGAGAUCUUAAUAGUAGGACAAGGCAUGAAUGUGUCCUGACUGGUAGUGGCUUUGAGGAACAUCCCAGAAGGAGUAAAGGGAGAAAGUACCUUUCAAUACAAAGAGAGGGGUCUUUGACUGUGAACCCUCCAUCUACAGACUGCCUUGCUCAAUUCAGACCUAAGAGCAGCCUGUGUGAGCCAAUACAGUCAGAGCAACAUGCCAGCAGCAGUGGGCAUCCUCGCAGAUCAUCAUCAUGCAGGAGGUGUGAGCACAGGCAACCUGUUGACAAGGAUUGUGUGAGAAAUGACCCCCGAAGGAGUGCCAACCCUGUUGACUCAAAGGGAAUGUAUCAUUUCCCUAAGAGAAUGCAAACUGGGCCUGGAGAAUGUAACCCACCAGUAUCCAAUAGCGAGGAAAUGACCAGAGUUAAGGAUUGGAUCAAUCAGUGGUGUCACAUGUAUGACAAGGGGGAGGAAGAACCCCGUGAAGAACACCACAGGCACAAACAUAAGCUGCACCAUCGACAUCGUGUCUGCCAAACCAACAGCUGUGAUAUGGGCUGUGGCCUUCGUCGCUGCCCUCAGUACCUUGAUCUUGCAACAGAUCACCUAACCUACCCUUACCACACAGAAAGUCAGUCAUUCCCUUUUGCAAAUGGAUCUCCCUCACCACAGCACAGUCACAGACACAGUGAAUAUCAUCACUGUAAGCGCAACUUAACUAGAGACAGUGACUUAUGUCAUCAGGAUGGACAACCAGUCAUGCAUCGCCAUGAGCACCACCACCAUCACAGUCACCAUCAUUAUCAUCACUAUGUCAGCUAAAUAACUUUGUUAUUUAAAUUCUACCUUUGACUAAAAUCAUUUUCACACAAUUUAUGGUUUUUAGGUAAGAUUACAUGUGGUGAAAAGUUAUAACAUUUAUAGGGAACAAGCCUUGCUUGAUGAAUAGGACCUUGUAAAGAGGCACACUUUGUGAUGAACAAUAAGAACUCAAGCAAGGGGUUACUCUCAAUUACUGGAAAAUAUUACUUUAUGCAAAGAAGCAAGAAUCUUUAUGUUUUAAGACUUUUUUGUAUAGCCUGUUAAAUCAAGUUGAAUUAUGUAUUUUCUACCUGUCUUGAAACUGCAUGCAUGAAGGGCAAACAGUAUUGCAACUUGUCUUUGCUAGAAUGGGAUUGUUAUAUAUUUCACUUUUAUAAUAUCAUACAAUUUAAUGUACAUGAUAUUUGUAAGAAUCAUCAGAUUAUCCCAGACUGAAAGCAAUAUUUAACCAUUGUUGUACUCCAUUUAAAAACACCAUGCGUAGGUAAGGAAUUUUAGACUGCCAUGAAAUGUGAUUAAAGAUAAGUAAAAAAAUUUAUUCAUUCAUGAAAAGUACUUUUGUAAUUCUUUUACAUGUAAAACAAAACAAAAUGAACAUUGUGAUUUUAAAUGCUUUUUUGAUCAACAAAACAAAUGAGCUCUUUAUUUUUUAUUAGGAUUAUUCACAGGUUGUAGGAACAAUUGGCAGUGUAAACAGGAAUUUGUCUUUUUUUUCAACUUUAUUAUUGACUUUUUCUAAGCCAGUUAGUUGUGAAGUAUGAGUAUAUGCUUUAUUGCUGUUUUAUCCUCACUCUACAUUUAUUGCCCCUUUUUUAGAGUAUAGUAGCCUUGGGAAUCAUAUGAGGUAGACAAAAACUAAAAUAGAAUUUAGCUCACGGAUAAAAUUAAGCCACAACAGGUAUUCCAGGCAGUUGAGGAAUGGUUCAGAAAAAUUUUUUUAAAAUCUAAAACCCUAGUUAUUUGAAUCAAAGGAAAUUUAAAGUAUAUCUUAUUCACAUUGUAUAAAAUCAUUUAAGAAGUAUUUAACAAUUCCAGUGUAUAUUCAACAUUUACUGUAAUAAUAAUAUUAUAUAUUUCACAAUGCAUCAGGCGAAUCUGUCUGCUUUUAUAUUUGUAUCUUGAAUCUAGAUAUAUGUACAUUUUAUUCUGAAACUGAAGGAGACAGUUUUUUGGUCUUGACGCAAACCUGUUGACACAAACGGGGACAUUCAGUCUAGUUGAUACAGACAUAAAAGAAUAAUGUGAUUUGAAAGAAGGUCUAUUAACCGCAAUCUUUGGCAGUGUUCACACUUGGUGCCCGGGCACUGUGCCCGGGUUCUAUUCUACGCCGGGCACCAAUGUGAACACACCUUUUUUCCUGGUACCCACGCCAGAAUUCGGGCACGGUGCCGGUUCCCGAGUACAAGGUCUCGACCUUGUACUCGGGCACUAAACUGGGCACUGAGUCCUUGUGUGAACACAUUUUUCGUUGGUGCCCUGGCACUUUACCCACAAACCACUUGUUUUCGUACCCACAAUUCCUUGUCCCACUCGAGAUUUCAAAAUGGCGUCCGACGGUGCAAAGUGGAGUUCAAUAGUGAGCGUGUGCUCUGUUUAUUGAAUGUGAACAUAUCUUCAGACUGGGUACCGUGUGUCUGAACACAGCACCAUUUUGUGC